AUGGCAGCAAAGAAAAACAUCUUGCUCAUCAUCGCAGAUGACCUGGGCCGCAACCUGGGCGUCUGCGGGGAGUCCAAGAUCAAGACGCCCAACCUCGAUGACCUCGCUGCACAGGGCACAUACUUCGAUAUGGCUUUUGCCAGCACGGCAUCCUGCAGCGGCUCCCGGUCCGUCAUACAGUCCGGACUUCACACGCAUGAGACUGGCCAGCUGGGCCUCCUGCGUGGCUUUCAGGGCCUGCACUACUUUACGACCUUUGACCACGUUGAAACGUCCCCCAAGGUUUUCAACAGCCUGGGCUAUCUGACGGGCAUCAUCAACAAGGUCCACGUCGGCCCUGCGGAGUGUUAUCCAUGGCGCGUGCGGGAGGAGAGCAGUACGCGCGAUGUCGCCUGGACAGCGCAGCGGUCUGCUGCAUUCUUCGAGAGAGCCAAGGAGGAGGACAAGCCCUUCUUCCUGACUGUGGGAUAUAUCGACCCCCAUCGGGAUCUCACACGUGGCGGAUUUGGCAACACUCAGGACUACCCGGGCGUUGAGCACCUCCCCUACGAUCCCAAGGAUGUUACUAUUCCCUUCUUCUUGAGUGACGUCCCCGAAGUACGGCAGGAGCUGGCAGAGUACUACAGUGCUGUCUGGCGUAUGGACCAGGGUGUGGGCAUGCUGCUGCAGGAGCUCCACCGGGCUGGCCUCGACGAGAGUACCUUGGUCAUGUUCACCAGCGACAACGGACCGCCCUUUGUCAACUCCAAGAGCACAUUGUACGAUGCGGGUGUUCGCCUGCCCAUGAUCAUCAGAACCCCUGGCUGCACGCCCGGCAUUGUGAAUCCCAACCUCGUCUCUUUCAUCGACAUCCUGCCCACCUUCCUCAACUGGGCCGGCUUUGCCAACGUCAAAGGGAACCGCAAGGGCCGCUCCGUGCUUUCCAUAAUGAGCGAGACGUCGCCUCUUGACGAUUGGGGCCAGGUCUUCGGCUCGCACACAUUCCACGAGCUGACUGCGUACUACCCGACGCGGUACAUGCGUACCAAGCGCUUCAAGUACCACCGAAACGUUGCGUGGCAGCUCGAUUUCCCAUUCCCUGGCGACCUGUACGGCGCCGUCUCGUGGGAGGGCAUGCGCAACGCCGAGCCGGCCAUGAUCGGCAAGCGGCCCGUCGCAAACUACAUCAAGAGGGGCCCCGAGGAGCUAUUUGAUCUGGAGAAUGACCCCGAAGAAGUGCACAACCUGGCCAACGAUCCCGAGUACAAUGAAACGCUACUGGAUAUGAGAAAGGCGCUCGAGGCGUGGCAGCUCGAGACCGAGGACCCGUGGUUCUUCCGAGACGGUAUAUCCACGAGGGUCAUCUUCAAUCAUAUUGAUGCGGGGAUGAAGAUGCCUGAUCGUUGGGACUUUGAUGUCAACAGCCCAGGCAGCAAGGAUGGUGCCAUCAUGCCUCACUCUUUCAAAGAGGUAAGAGGUAGAGGCGCUAUGUGA